ACCGAUUGUGGUAUCGGCCCAGGAGGCGAUUUUAAAUUUAGUUCCUGUAUGAUGAACAUAGAUGGCAGCAGCAUUGCACCGAGGUGUCAUGGCGGCCAUUUUGCCAACCAAUAAGGUGGGCGACCUUAAUCGUCCAGGCAUUGGAAAAACAUCUUCAAAAGGUGCAAACAGAGAUCAAGCUGCCCGUGUUACACCUCAUCAAUUCUAUUUUGAAGAAUGUUGGAGACGUAUAUACUUCGCUCUACACUCAGAACAUUGUUUCAACCUUCUGCGGUGUUUUUGAAAAGGUGGAUAAGGAAACACGGUCCCAGAUGUUCACAUUACGUAAAACUUGGAAGAAAGUGUUCCCGCCAGAGAAGCUGCAUGCAGUAGAUGUACGUGUAAAUGCAAUUGACCCAGCAUGGCCAAUCACAGCUGUGCCUCCUACAAUAAAUGUGAAUCCUAAGUGUUUUCAUCAUCAGCUGAGACCAGCAGUGCAAGUUGCUGGGCAGGAAGCUGCUAAACUUCAUGCGGCACCUAAACCAAUGGAACCUCCACUGGUCUCAACCUGCCCCAGUUUUGUGUUCCAGCAUCAGCUGAGACCAGCAGUGCAAGUUGCUGGGCAGGAAGCUGCUAAACUUCAUGCGGCACCUAAACCAAUGGAACCUCCACUGGUCUCAACCUGCCCCAGUUUUGUGUUCCAGCAUCAGCUGAGACCAGCAGUGCAAGUUGCUGGGCAGGAAGCUGCUAAACUUCAUGCGGCACCUAAACCAAUGGAACCUCCACUGGUGUCAACUCAAUCACAAAUGUCCAUGCCUGUACCUGCCCCAGUUGCCAGUACUAGUCAGUACUUCAGCUACAUCAUCAUCAUCAUCAUCAUCAUCAAGCACCAGAUGCCAUCCAGUUCCAACACAAGGAGUAACUGCUGUCACUCCUGGUGUACAAUCGAGGAAUCCUCGGCUUGCUUGUCAGCAACUGCAAUCUAAUGCAGUUCCAGAAAAUAAUAUGGUACGGCCACAAGAGGAUGUCAAAAAUGCCAGAACAGUCAAUGCAGCUUACUACUCAGACCU